UAAUUCAUAUCCACACUUUUUCCUGAAACUCUUGGACUCAAGCAGUAAUAUUUUUAAGCAAAAUGUAUGAAUAUUCCUAAUAAAUGAGAUGACUAAAGACCAGAAGUAGACUGAGUUCAUCUUAGAAUUUACCUCAGAAUGAAUCUCAGAAAAACAUUUUCAGAUGUCAGAGAGUUUUGGAUUUUGGAAUUGCAGAUAAGGGAUUGUGGACUUGAACUUGGACUUCUCUUAGGGCAGAUAAUCGCCAUAGUAUGGAACCACCACAUCCUCUAUUUUUGGAAGGGCAUACAGCUUGCUGGUAAUGUCACUGAUUAAGUUUUGCCUUACUUCGGAAAGAUUCUAAUGCCCUCUUAGCAGAUGCUUUGUGCUAUCGUGAACAAUAGGGCACAGAUCUUUUAUUAAUAUUCAAUCACAGCAUCUUACCAGUCUGAGUUUUUUAGUUCAUUCAAGAAAUCCAUAUCUUGUCAUUCCACAGGCUUGUUCUGUGUUCUUGAGCUGGUUCCCUUGUCUUCAAGUUACGGUUUUCCUAUCUCUAAACCUGAUAACCAGUGCUACCUUAUUAAAAAUUAUUAUUAUUUUGUCCGGGCGCAGUGGCUUAUGCCUGUAAUCCCAUCACUUUGGGAGGCCAAGGGGGGUGGAUCACCUGAGGUCAGGAGUUUGAGACCAGCCUGACCUAUGUGGCGAAACCCCGUAUCUACUAAAAAUACAAAAAUUAGCUGGGCGUGGUAGCAUGCGCCUGUAAUCCCAGCUACUCGGGAGGCUGAGACAGGAGAAUCGCUUGAACCUGGGAGGUGGAGGUUGCAGGAGCUGAGAUCGUGCCACUGCACUCCAGCCUGGGGACAGAGUAAGACUCCAUCUGAAAAAAAAAAAAAAUUAUUAUUUUUGCUGUUUCAGUAGGAACCGUGACCUGGAGAAGAUCAUCAUAAUCCCUACCCCUGAAUGGUUGGUGUUGGUAGUGGUGGGUUGUUCAGUGCCUUCAUUAUUCUCAGAUUCUUAAAGUAUUUGAGAAUAUUAAAAAUCCGGCUGAGCGUGGUGGCUCAUGUCUGUAAUCCCAGCACUUUGGGAGGCCGAGGCGGUUGGAUCACGAGGUCAGGAGUUCAAGACCAGCCUGGCCAACAUGGUGAAACCCCAUCUCUACCAAAAACACAAAAAUUAGCUGGGCGUGGUGGUGGCACGCGUGUAGUCCCAGCUACUCGGGAGGCUAAGGCAGAAGAAUUGCUUGAACCAGGAGGCAGAGGUUGCAGUGAGCCGAGAUUGUGCCACUGUACUCCAACCUGGGCAACAGACCGAGACUCUGUCUCAAAAAAAAAAAAAAAAAAAAUCCAUAUACAAUGAAGAAGCUUGUGUGGUGAAGACCUGACCUCAUAUAUAUUACACGUGUAAUUGUAGAUACAACAUGGAUUCUUUGGGGCGGGACUGAGAUUGGGAUAGAUGAAAUGGUGCUUUGGCUUCCUGUUGCUCAGGGUGAAGAGUCUUUGCAGGUUGGUGGUCAACAGGGUCAGAGAUGCCACAGGUCUGGCCAGUGUCCAGAGGAGCCACAUCUCACAUUCAUUCUUCUGCCAGGUUGCAGAGGCAGUGUUAACAUCCCAACUGAAAGCACAUCAAGAGAAACCAAAUUUUAUUAUCAAGACCCCAAAGGGUACCAGGGAUCUUAGUCCUCAGCAUAUGGUUGUGAGGGAGAAAAUUCUUGAUUUGGUUAUCAGCUGCUUUAAACGUCAUGGAGCAAAGGGGAUGGAUACCCCAGCAUUUGAGCUGAAGGAAACGCUGACUGAGAAGUAUGGAGAGGACUCUGGGCUCAUGUAUGAUCUGAAGGAUCAAGGUGGAGAGCUGUUGUCCCUCCGCUAUGACCUUACUGUUCCCUUUGCUCGUUACCUGGCCAUGAAUAAGGUCAAGAAGAUGAAACGUUAUCAUGUUGGAAAGGUGUGGCGGCGAGAGAGCCCAGCCAUAGUCCAAGGCCGUUACAGGGAGUUCUGCCAGUGCGAUUUUGACAUUGCUGGUCAGUUUGACCCUAUGAUCCCUGAUGCAGAGUGUUUGAAGAUCAUGUGUGAAAUCCUAAGUGGCUUGCAGUUGGGAGACUUUCUCAUUAAGGUAAAUGACCGGCGGAUUGUGGAUGGGAUGUUUGCUGUCUGUGGUGUUCCUGAAAGCAAGUUCCGUGCCAUCUGCUCCUCCAUAGAUAAACUAGACAAGAUGGCUUGGAAAGAUGUGAGACAUGAGAUGGUGGCGAAGAAAGGCCUGGCUCCUGAGGUGGCUGAUCGAAUUGGGGACUAUGUCCAAUGUCAUGGUGGGGUAUCCCUAGUAGAGCAAAUGUUUCAGGAUCCCAGACUAUCCCAGAACAAGCAGGCCCUGGAGGGCCUGGGAGACCUGAAGCUGCUGUUUGAAUACCUGACUUUAUUUGGAAUUGCUGAUAAGAUCUCCUUUGACCUCAGCCUGGCUCGGGGCCUAGACUACUAUACAGGAGUGAUCUAUGAAGCAGUGCUGCUGCAGACCCCAAUUCAGGCUGGGGAGGAUCCCCUGAAUGUGGGCAGUGUGGCUGCUGGUGGGCGCUAUGAUGGGCUGGUGGGCAUGUUUCACCCCAAGGGUCACAAGGUGCCAUGUGUGGGACUCAGCAUUGGGGUUGAGCGAAUCUUCUACAUUGUGGAGCAGAGGAUGAAGAACAAAGGUGAGAAGGUGCGGACUACAGAGACUCAAGUGUUUGUGGCCACACCACAGAAGAACUUUCUCCAAGAACGGUUGAAGCUUAUUGCAGAGCUUUGGGAUUCUGGAAUCAAGGCAGAGAUGCUAUACAAGAACAACCCCAAACUAUUAACCCAGCUGCACUAUUGUGAGAGCACGGGCAUUCCACUGGUGGUCAUUAUUGGUGAGCAAGAACUGAAAGAAGGGGUCAUCAAGAUCCGUUCAGUGGCCAGCAGAGAGGAGGUGGCCAUUAAACGGGAAAAUCUUGUGGCUGAAAUUCAGAAGCGACUGUCUGAGUCUUGAUCCUUGCCUGAUUCCCAUCUGCUGCUCUUUGUAGAAAAGGUUUCCUCUAGAACUGAAUUUCUCUGGAAUUGAGUGAUGGACUUCACAACAACUGGCCAGGAAGGGUGACAAGUACCUUCUGCCUCCUCCAUUCUUCCUGGGUGCAGAACUGUAGAAGACCCUGAGGACUCCUGGGCUAGUGUGAGCAGCUAUUCUGCAUGGGUGCAGAUGGCUGGUAUGUGAAAGAGACAUGCUUUAGCUGCAGAGGCAAAUUUGAAGUGUCACCAAAUGUUGUCAAGAGGUACUGAGAUUGUUGGUGUGAGCAAGGCUCUGGGAGAGUCACCUCAGGCUGAGGAUUCUGAACCAUUGAGAUCAGAAACCAGAUACUUAGCCUUCUGCUGUAGCUACGGAACCAGAUUCUGGUGAAUUUGUCCACAAUCAGCCAUUGGCCUGUCUGGGGAGUUUUUGGAAGACAGCAAAGAGGGGCAAUGGCUGCUUUCAGCUUUGAGGACAGAUGCUAUCCUAAAGGCAUGGCAGUACCCAUGUUGAUUUGACAUCUCUCUAGCCCAUCCAUUGCUAACAAUAGAAGAGUGGGGCUGUAUGCUUGAUAAUCUUGAACAUUGAACUUAAUAGAUGACAAGAUAGAGAUCUGAUAUUUUGAGAUUUUGGAGACCAUUUCCUGUGCCAGAAUCACUGCUCUAACUAUUCCAUGCCGUGCCAUGGAGGCUGUUUUAGAAGUGGUUGGAUAACAUGUUAAAUAAAAUACUAAGUGUAGUA